UUCUGCAACCUACCAUUGUUCAAACAUAACAUGUGUUGUAAUUACAGAUAUGUUAGAGUAUAUAUCCCUUCGUAGCUUCAUUUAUAUUCGGUAUCCAUUAUUCUUAUACAUCAAUUAGAGUAUAUGACCCCCCUUCACAAAUCCAUUCUUAUUCAGUAUCCUUAAUCCUUCAGUAUUAACUGGAUUGCAUUUAUGUUGUUCAGAAUGGCCAUUAAAAGAUCAGCAAAUUUUUAUUUACCCUGUAAAUGAUGGAUAGAGUACCAAAGUUAGCAAUCACUGUCGUUAUUCCUAUAAACGCGUACCAUCCCCGUAAAAUCAUUUCGGUUCGACUCUCUUCUCUUUUAUACGUACUGUAAUUUAUUGAUGAACAUAGUACUUUAUUUUAUCUACAAAUUUAGUUUGUUUGUCGCUCCAGUUGAUUGUUUUAUUUUACGGAUAAACUCCAGAUAAUAGGGGGCAGGAUGUAGUGCUUGGCAUCUAUCCUGUUCUGGGUUUCAUUGCUAAUUGAGAUUGCUGGCACACUGUCGGAAAUCUGAAUGCCUCCUAGGAUGUAUUUGUUUGAGUUUUUUUCAGCUUUCCAAAAGUAAAACCAGCAAAUCAAAAUAAAUGGGUGGCUUUGAGAAAUAGUUUUGCCAAAGCUAAAGCACGUAGUGUAGACGGGAGGAAUAAAAAAACUAGCAAAGAGCCCGUGCGUUGCUACGACGACACACUAAAUAAUUAGACAACGUUAUCCAAAACUAAUCAAAUGAACAAUUUUUUGUAUGUUUAAAUUUGUAAUCAAUCUAAUCCAACUGUCAUGGCUAGGGGAUGUCACAGUAAUUAACUUGUAUAUAUGUAGAGCUCUUUUACGGUGAUUGGUACGAAACUUUGGCUCCGUCUAAUUUAAUAUAGGUUCCGUCUAAUCUAAUUUUUUAUGACCGUUCAAUAAAACAAGUUGUAAACGUUAGGAUGCUUUCAUCCGAAACAGUGGUACUAGCAGUCAUUUGUAUCCUAUACAGAUUAAAAGAAAUUGUCUCCAAAAUCAAAAUACCGCCGCCGUCCCCUAGCCUCGCUGCAUCUAAUCCCAGGCCACAAGGAUCGAUUCUUUUGACCUAGAUACAAAAUUUGAUGGUGGCUUUGCCAGGCCCGGUGGCGGAGCUCGAUGGCCUAGUUGAAGGAUCUGGGGACCUCGCCGCCUCCUUCCAUGAGUGUUGCCUGCAAGGAAUCGAGGAAGGGUUCGGUUGGAGGCAGGUCUCGAUGCCUCCAUCGGCCACGCCGCCGGUGCGUCCCCUCCCUCCUAUGUUCCCUCUCCGCAGCCCCCGCUGUCCGGCCGCCGCCUGAUCACGUCGACUCCAUCCUCUCCAAGGUUAUCCAACUCUCGGAACCUUCCUUCCCUGGUGUGCUAGAAGCUAUUCAUUCCGUGGUACAUUGUCUGGCAGCUCCUGGCAGUGUCUGGUAACGUGAGGCCAUUCUGUGGUGACAAUUGUCAUGUUCAGAAUUGUGAAGCUUUUGCCGAGUCCGUUGUCGUCUCCCUGGGGGCAUGGAAAUGUUCUAGCUGUUCAUAUCGCCUGUGGUCGCAUACAGGAAAGAGAAAGUCUAUGGACUAUAGUACCUGAGCUCUUGUUCUCUGUCUUCACAAAAGCUUGUGGCAGUCGAGAGUUACCUGUGAGUGGCGGGUAGUACCUGUGAAUUUACUAGGUGGUGUCUCCUUGUGAUGAGCAUAUGUUCCGAUAGUUUCUAGCAAUCAACCUCUGUGACUCUUUUGUCAUCUGUAAAAUUUGGUUAUCAUAACCUCUGGUUGUAUCAGACUGUAUAUAGUUGAAUUACAUUAUCAGCUAUCUGUAUUGUAACUUGAAGUUUGUGUUAUCACCGGAUUUUAACCGGAUCAAGAGAUGGGCCGUGAUUGAGAUGGGCUUAGAGGAUAUGCACGUAAAAUAUUUCUGAAUCGGCCUCGUACGAGAGUUUGGGCUAGAUUGCCCGUGUAUUUGUACAUUAUGGUAGAUUUUGUUAGAAUUAAGAGAUAGAGUUUAGCUCGUACACAGUUAGGUUUAUUUGCAAGAUAGAAAGUCCACGGACUAUAAAUAUGUACCUAGGGUUAUUGAGAAAGGAGGACGAUCACGUUCACAACAAACACAAUUUCGGCGCAUCGCCACCCCUUGUUUCGAGGGUUUCUUCCAGGUAAGCGUCAUGCUGCCUAGAUCGCAUCUUGCGAUCUAGGCAGUAUCGGUUUAUUCGUUGUUUUGUGUUGCUCGUACUGAAGCCUUGUUGAUGGUGAGCAAUACCGUAUCAUAGAUGGUUUGGGGCUAGCAUCGAUAUUCUUUUGAUAUGUUUGCUUAGUUAGGCUACCCCUACAUAUCUAGCUGCCUUUGCACCUAUCUUCGGUGCAAAGGCAGCAUCUUGCUUACUCUUUAUUUAGUAGAUCUGAUUUGUUACGGUUGCUCCUUGUUCUUCGAGGAUUAGUUUGAUAUCCGCAUAGUUAGGCCUUGCAAACGGGUUGAAUGAUCCAGUAGUACGUAAGGUACGGUUUGCCGAUCUUAGAGGAGUUGUUCCGGGAAUCAACCCUAGGUUGGUUUUUAGGCCUUUUCUAGGACUAGUUUUCUGUUAUCUUUCGUAGCUGCCACGCUCAAUUACGCGUAAGAUGUUCCAGUUAUGCGGUGAAAACCCUAGACUGUCGUAAGUCGAUUUAACUUGGUAUCGAUGAAGCAGGACCCUCACGCUAUCGUAGAUCCAACUCAAACCAUGGGUCGAUCGGCUCUUUGAGCCGAUUCACAGGGUAACUUGAGAGCCGAUCGAGGCUCGGAUUUAAUGUUUACGUGUCUACCAUGCAGGAAAUUAAUCGAAGCAAUCCAUCACCUUCCUGACCAGGUAUAGGUCAGGUGGCACGCCCUUGCACCAGCCAGGACGUGUGCCGGAGUUUUGCGGGCCGUUGCCCGAGGGACCAGGGCCCACCAGCAGUUCUGGGAGCCUCCCGGCUCUUCGUGUUGCUCGUCGCUGCUCGCCGGUGAGUUUUGGCAGGCAACACAUUCUGGCACGCCCGGUGGGACAGUCUACAUCAACUGCGUCAACCUCUGCAGCUGAGAUGUCGGAAACACCAAUCACGUACGAGGAACUGCCUGAGGAGCACAAGAAGAAAUAUGAUGAGAUUAAAGCUGCCUUCGAAUCCGAUCUCAUCGGUUCUUUCGAGAGGGCCCGUAAACAUGGCGUUAGGUGGAAAGGAUUCUCACCCGAAGGCGUUCUCGAUGAAAUAGAUCUAUCUGUCCCUUCAAAGGAACGCACCAGAGCUCUACGCCAGGAAGUUAAUUACAUGGUGGCUCAUUCUCUACACCGUCAUUUUGAGAGCCUGGUAAACGCUUUCGAGCGAGUUGCAGUUCGCGUGGUUCAGGAAAUCAUGAAACAUCAGUACUCUCCGUCAGGGCCUGCCAUAGGGGAUCACCAGGGAGAAAUCCCGUUCCAGACCAGACCGCAGCUGCCAUUUGCGCUUGCAGCUCCAGAGCCGCCGGGUUCACCGGCGUACGUCGUCUACAAGAUUGGAGGCGAUCCUGGCGAUUACCAAUUCCUGCAAGAGCCGCCUAAAGAGAUCCCACAUGGAUACGUGUGCACAUACGUGCCGGACUGCACUAACUUGGCGUGUACAAACCAGAUUGCAACAGGAGGGAUUUCUGGAACGGACGCCGAUAAACAUGCGUGGCUAGCUAAAUAUGCCACUGGAACGAGUCAUGAAAACUCAGCCCCUGCAGCUAAUACCAUGGAACAAAUCAGUACAAUGUUGAGAGACCAGUUUGGCAUCCUGCCAAAGAGGAGAACAAUCGGCUAUUCCAAGCCGUACCCCAACGAAUACGAUUUGAUUCCACUGCCGCCCAAGUAUCGGCUCCCUGAGUUCUCAAAUUUUAAUGGAUCAGAAGGGUCCAGCUCAAUUGAGCAUGUGAGCCGAUAUUUAGCACAGUUGGGCAUGAUUUCAGCAUCAGACCCGUUGCGUGUAAGGUUUUUUGCGCAAUCUCUCACAGGACCAGCUUUUGGGUGGUACACCUCGUUGCAGCAGAUUCAGCCAGGACGUGUGCCGGAGUUUUGCGGGCCAUUGCCCGAGGGACCAGGGCCCACCAGCAGUUCUGGGAGCCUCCCGGCUCUUCAUGUUGCUCGUCGCUGCUCGCCGGUGAGUUUUGGCAGGCAACACAUUCUGCCACGCCCGGUGGGACCCUCUACAUCAACGGCGUCAACAUCUGCAGCUGAGAUGUCGGAGGCACCAAUCACGUACGAAGAACUGCCUGAGGAGCACAAGAAGAAAUAUGAUGAGAUUAAAGCUGCCUUCGAAUCCGAUCUCAUCGGUUCUUUCGAGGGGACCCGUAAACAUGGCGUUAGAGAUAUCACCGGAUUUUAACCGGAUCAAGAGAUGGGCCGUGAUUGAGAUGGGCUUAGAGGAUAUGCACGUAAAAUAUUUCUGAAUCGGCCUCGUACGAGAGUUUGGGCUAGAUUGCCCGUGUAUUUGUACAUUAUGGUAGAUUUUGUUAGAAUUAAGAGAUAGAGUUUAGCUCGUACACAGUUAGGUUUAUUCGCAAUAUAGAAAGUCCACGGACUAUAAAUAUGUACCUAGGGUUAUUGAGAAAGGAGGACGAUCACGUUCACAACAAACACAAUUUCGGCGCAUCGCCACCCCUUGUUUCGAGGGUUUCUUCCGGGUAAGCAUCAUGCUGCCUAGAUCGCAUCUUGCAAUCUAGGCAGUAUCGGUUUAUUCGUUGUUUUGUGUUGCUCGUACUGAAGCCUUGUUGAUGGCGAGCAAUACCGUAUCAUAGAUGGUUUGGGGCUAGCAUCGAUAUUCUUUUGAUAUGUUUGCUUAGUUAGGCUACCCCUACAUAUCUAGCUGCCUUUGCACCUAUCUUCGGUGCAAAGGCAGCAUCUUGCUUACUCUUUAUUUAGUAGAUCUGAUUUGUUACGGUUGCUCCUUGUUCUUCGAGGAUUAGUUUGAUAUCCGCAUAGUUAGGCCUUGCAAACGGGUUGAAUGAUCCAGUAGUACGUAAGGUACGGUUUGCCGAUCUUAGAGGAGUUGUUCCGGGAAUCAACCCUAGGUUGGUUUUUAGGCCUUUUCUAGGACUAAUUUUCUGUUAUCUUUCGUAGCUGCCAGGCUCAAUUACGCGUAAGAUGUUCCAGUUAUGCGGUGAAAACCCUAGACUGUCGUAAGUCGAUUUAACUUGGUAUCGAUGAAGAAGGACCCUCACGCUAUCGUAGAUCCAACUCAAACCAUGGGUCGAUCGGCUCUUUGAGCCGAUUCACAGGGUAACCUGAGAGCCGAUCGAGGCUCGGAUUUAAUGUUUACGUGUCUACCAUGCAGGAAAUUAAUCGAA